AUGAGCAGCUCUGGGGAGGAGGACCAGGCAGUUCAUGGUAGUAGCGCUCCCCCGGCCGCCGCUGCCCAGACUGUGGCGGCUGCUACCGCGGCGGCAGGCGCCCGGGCGCGGGCUCCGCAUCUCUCCCCCUGCCCCGCGCCCCGGGGCCGUGGGAGCACAAGAGCAAACUCAAGCCCCCACUCCCCCAGGAGCCCCUCAGCUCACACCGAGACCCCUUUCGUUUCCCGCGCCUUCGUCUCCGGGUCUCCUCGCCCACCCCCUCGCGCAGCGAGCUCCCCCUCGCGCAGCGAGCUCCCCGCCGCCCAGCGCAGCCCAACUUCUGCCGGGCUGUGCGCCUGGCGGUUGCUCCUCUCCCCGGAGAUCGAGGCGAGCGCUCGCGGUCCACUCGGGCCCGAGGAGUGGGAAAGGCGGGUGCCCGAGAGAGCGGUGGCCAGUCGGAGGCUCACAUCUCAGCGUCUCCCGCUCGGGUCCGGGGCCGGGCUGCUGGCGCGGACGCUGCUACCGGGGCGGAGGUGCGGACCGGCUCGCGCUCCAGCCAAGGCUGAGAGCCGGGCAGGGACUGGCUGGUCGGCGCGCGGGGACGCAGAGCAGCCACCUGACGCUGCUACCGCCCCCCUCCGGGCUCCGGCGCCCGAAACCUUCCUGAACACUGGCGCUUUCCGCACCGCCCUACCCCACCCCCGGAGCGGAGCGCGGGCUCGGGAGUCCGAGCGCGCGGCAGGCUCCCGGAAUGGCCCCGGCGACCCAGGCCGGGCUGGGCGUGUUGGGGGAGCGGGCGGCCGCCCGGGGAGCUUCCUUCAGGACCGCUGAGCGCAGGAGGCGAGCCGCGAGCCCGCCACCGCUGCAAAGUUCUGGGGAAGGGGCUGCACCUGGGCCUGUCAAGAAAGGACGAUUGUGUAAACAGGGUCAAAGAGAGGGGGACCAGAAGGGCACCGCCCCGGAGUCAGCGGUUGGUGGUGGAGCGAAGUCUUGAGUGCUGAAGGCGAAAGAAUAUUUGGAUGGCUGCGUCCCCUUUUGCUGGGGUCACAACGUGCUAGAGGA